ACCAAAUGGAAAAAAGCGUAAAAAACGAGUGCCUUUUAAUUUUUUGAAAUGCAUCUGUAAUUUCGAAUACAAAACAGUAUUAAUAACAAUAAAUGUUCGCGUGUGUGUGUGUUUGCUAAUACAACGAAAAGCGAAAAUACGCCGUCAACGUUAAACAUUUACACACGCACACAAAUACAUACAAAAAUAUAUAUAUAGCUAGAUAUUUAUAUUUAUAUUCCAAAGAGCCUGGAACAAGGACAACGACCAAGUGAAGCCGAGCCGCAACGAACGUUUUUUGUUAUUAACUUGUGAUAGUUUUUUUUUUAUGUUUAGUGUCUAAGCUUUUAAACAAACACCAAAAAGAGUUACCAAACUACAGCAAAUGCAUUCCAUGAUCACAACAACAAGCGCAACAGUUGCAUUUAACAAGUACAGAAUGAAGCUCAUGCUGCUGCUGCUGAUGGUGACCUGUCUGGGAUGUCCGGCGAUAAUUGAGGCUUGCUCCAGCCGUGCGGUACCCAAGCCGCGCCCAUCCAUAUCGUCCUCCAUCUCGGGCACAGCGCUGCCGCCCACACAAGCGCCCACAACCACAACGACGACAACAACGACCAUGCGCACCACAACGACAACGACUACGCCCAGGCCCAAUAUAACAUUCCCCACAUACAAGUGCCCGGGUGACUUUGACACCUGGUACUGCUUGAACGAUGCGCAUUGCUUUGCCGUAAAGAUUGCCGAGCAGCCUGUCUACAGCUGCGAGUGCGCCAUUGGCUUCAUGGGCCAGCGCUGCGAGUAUAAGGAAAUCGAUGGCACCUAUUUGCCCAAGCGGCCACGUCCCAUGCUGGAGAAGGCUUCAAUUGCCAGCGGCGCUAUGUGCGCGCUUGUCUUCAUGCUCUUCGUCUGCGUUGCAUUCUAUUUGCGCUUUGAGCAGCGCGCCGCCAAGAAGGCCUACGAGCUGGAGCAGGAUGAGGAUGAUGUCGAGGGCAGCGAUCGGGAGCAGUGCGAAUGCUGUCGUGGCAACUGCUGCGCUGCCGGCGAUGAGCCGCUUAUCAUUGAACACAAGUUGCCCUACCACAUGCGGCUGGAGCACGCCCUGAUGUCCUUCGCCAUAAGACGCAGCAGCAGCAAGCUCUAAACUCGAAAUCUCCAAAUCUCAGACUACUCCAAUGUAAACGUGAUUUAGUAAUUGCCUUGCCUCCAUUAUUAUUAUGCAUGUCAUUGUCAAAAGUCUAUAAUGCGUAUAACGAAUUUCUAUGUGCUUUAGUCGUAGUCUUAUAGUCAGUCGAAUAUGUAUCGUCCUACAUAUAUGUUAAGUGUAAUACAUGUAUUCCACAUUCACACACACACACACAUACAUACAUUCGCUUUAUACGCAGCAUGCUACUCAAUUGAGAGAUUUUAUGCAAGAGAGAGAAAACUACGCAAACUCUCUUUGCUUUACUUUUUACAAAUUCUGAAUUCGAAUAUGGUUAUUUUUUAGACAACCACUACUAUUUAUGGUAUGAAUUUAUUUAUUUUACUUUUAAGUGAUAUUCGUAUCACACACACACAUCAACAAAAACAAAAAAAACAAUGAAAUAUACACCAA